AGGCAUGGGCUGGGAGUCCGGCGGUGCCACCCGCGGGUGGGCGCCCACGAUGAAUGCCAGGAUAUUCAUGUGGAAAAUGAGACACCUUCGGCAAACCAGCCGUUCGCUUUCAAUUGCACAUACCCUUGGCUAACACCUGGAAAAGCCCGUGUGACUUGGUAUAAAUAUCCCAGCAAAAUUCCUGUAUCCAAGAACAUACAGUCUAGAAUUUACCAAGAUCAAAACUGGAUUUUGUUUCUCCCCCUGACACAGGGGGACUCUGGGAUCUACCAGUGUGUUAUAAAUAGUACAAAUACAUGUCACCAAACACAUGUAAACAUAACCGUGUUGGAAACACGUUGGUGUGGCACUCCUGGGAACAGUCCAAUGAACGUAUCAGGUGAUAACCAACAAAUAUUACAUGACGGAGUGGAUAACAGUCUGGUGUGUUAUCUGACCUUCCCGAAGAGUUUUCAUUUGGACUCAUUCAAGUGGUAUAAGAACUGUCAAGAGAUUAAAGGAGAGCGGUUUAUUCCUUGGAGAAAUCACCUUUCAGUGAACAACGUCUCGGCAGAAGACAGGGGGCACUACAUAUGUGAAGCCAGGCUGACACGCACAGGGAGACAGUACCGGGUGUCACACGGCAUCACUGCGCACGUCACUGAAAAUGUUGGAUGUGGAACAAGAAUCCCUAAAAUAACUUAUCCAAUAAACAAUACAAUUGAAGUACAACUUGGCUCCACCCUUAUCGUAAACUGCAACAUAACAGACUCGAGGGAUAAUACAAACCUACGAGGCUGGACAGUCCGUGGCACUUGGGUGAACUUUGACUACAACGAGUCCCAGCGAAUCCAAGAAGGAAACGAAAUCUAUGUUUCUUCUCAGGAACAUAUGUUUUACACAGUGAACGUAACCAUCCUGGAAGUGAAAAGGGAAGAUUACGGCCAUCCUUUCACGUGUCGUGCUGGUGUGUCUGCAGCCUACUUCAUCCUGAGGCCUCCAGUGGCAGAUUUUCAAGCUCACUUGAUUGGAGGGCUUCUGGCCUUCGUGGGUGUGGCUGUGUUUGUCCUGUGCAUCUACAACACGUUCAGGAUCGACAUUGUGCUUUGCUAUCGAAGUGCCUUCCAUUCCACAGGGACCACAGAAGACGGGAAGCUGUACGACGCGUACGUCCUGUGCCCCCAGCCUCCACGGGGGCGCAGGAGCCCCGAUGUGGACGCGCUGGUCCUGAAGGCCCUGCCCGAGGUGCUGGAGAGCCAGUGCGGAUACAAGUUGUUCAUACUGGGCAGGGAUGAAUUUCCUGGUCAAGCUGUGGCCAAUGUCAUCGAUGAAAACAUUAGGCUGUGCAGGAGACUGAUCAUCAUCUUAGUUCCUGAAUCGCUGGACUUUGACCUAUUGAAGAAUAUGUCAGAAGAACAAAUUGCUGUCUACAAUGCUCUCAUCCAGGAUGGGAUGAAGAUCAUUCUGAUUGAGGUGGAGAAGGUCAAGAACUAUGCAUCCAUGCCAGAAUCAAUCCAGUAUAUCAAACAGAAACAUGGGUCUGUCCAGUGGAGCAAGGACUUCACAGAGGAGUUACCAUGUGCAAAGACCAAGUUUUGGAAGAAAGUGAGAUAUCGCAUGCCACCCAAAAGGUUUCCACCUCCUCCAGCCAGCUGCUGAAGCUCAUGCUCUGUGACCUCGCAGCUGGCAAGUGGGAGGCCAAGGCGGAGUUCUUUACCCAAUGAUGGAGCAUUUGUCCUCAUGAAGUGGCUCACAGUUGGACAAAAUGCACUAUAUUCAGGCUAUUUGCUCGAAGCUUGUCGUUGUGUGCUUGUGAGAGGGACUGUGUUUAUUUGCUUGCUUUCAUUAGAGAUAUUUCUUUAGGGAAAGAUAUCAUCUCUCCAGAAGGCCCUCAUUAACUUCUUAGCUCUGAACUCUUAUGAAUGUUUGCUGAACAUGGAGUAGG